AUGUCAGAAAAGCUAGCUGGUUAUUCAGAAAAGUUAUUGUGUCCAUGCAAAGUUUGUCGAAACUUAAGUGACCAAUGUAUUAACAUUUUGUAUGAACACUUAGUCAUUUAUGGGAUUGAUCCAACAUACAAAAUCUGGUUUCAUCAUGGGGAAGAAUUAUCAAGAGAUGAUGAUGUAGAGACAAUGGAAACAUUUGAUUCUUACAACUUGUUUAGGGCUACAAAUAUUGAUGGUUGUGAUUUUGAAAGUCAUUUAGAAGGUCAUGAUAACACUUUUAUGGAAAAAAUAGAAGAUGCAGACACUCCAUUAUAUCCACAAUGCACUAAAUAUACUAAGUUAUCGUCAAUUGUUGCAUUGUAUAAGGUUAAAACUACCAAUGGAUGGUCUGACAAAAGUUUUGAUGAAUUGUUAAGACUUUUGAAUGAUAUGUUUCCUUUAGAUAAUAUGAUCCCCAAGUCUAUGUAUGAGGUUCGAAAAUUUCUUCGAUUAUUUUAUUUAGGAUAUGAAAAGAUUCAUGUGUGUGUUAAUGAUUGCUGUUUGUUUAGAAAAGAUAAAGAAAACUUGCAAGAAUGUCCAACAUGUGGAACUUCACGUUGGAUGUCAGAUAAGCUGACUAAAAAGGUUCGACAUGGUGUCCCAGCAAAAGUUUUGAGGUACUUUCCUAUAAUCCCUAGGUUGAAACGGAUGUUCAUGUCUAAAAGAAUUUCAAAGGAAUUAAGAUGGCAUCACAACAAUAAAAGUUGCGAUGGAAAAGUGCGUCACCCAGUGGAUUCAGCAGCAUGGGAGCUAGUCAAUGAUAAAUGGCCAUCAUUUUCAAAUGAAGAGAGAAAUAUUAGACUUGGCCUUUCCACAGAUGGAUUUAACCCAUUUAGUGAUUUAAGUUCUAAGUAUAGUGUUUGGUCUGUUUUGUUGCCUGGGAAUGAUAUUGAUAUAUACUUAGAACCCCUCGUAGAGGACUUGAAAUUAUUAUGGAAUGAGGGUGUUGAUGCUCAUGAUGCAUUGGACAAUACAAAUUUCAAGUUGCGGGCUAUUUUGAUGUGGACAAUCCAAGAUUUUCCAGCAUACGGGAACCUUGCUAGUUGUAAAAAUAAGGGAUGUUUUAGUUGUCCCCUAUGUGGUUAUGGUACUCAUUCAGAGUGGCUAAAACAUAGUGGGAAGUUUUCAUAUCGAGGUCAUCAGAAAUUUCUUAAAGAAGACCAUCCAUUUCGGAGUAAAAGAAGUUGGUUUGAUGGAGAAGUUGAGCAUGGAAAUCCCCCAAGAAUCAUGAAUGGGACUACAAUUGCUGAACACCUUAAAGAUUUUGUGAAUGAAUUGUAUGUUUGUCACAAUUUGGAUGUGAUGCACAGAGAGAAAAAUGUUUGUGAAAGCAUAUGUAAUACAUUGCUAGAUGUUGUUGGAAAAAGUAAAGAUGGACUAAAAGCUCGCUUGGAUUUGCAACAUAUGGGUAUUAGGAGUGCAUUACACCCACAAGAGAAGGGGACUAGAACCUAUCUUCCUGCAGCUUUACACACACUAUCAAAGCUUGAGAAAGAAUUAUUUUGUAAAAGGUUGUUCUCAUUGAAAGUACCUGAUGGAUAUAGUUCAAAUAUUCGAAAUUGUGUUUCAAUGGAACAAUGCAAGCUCAUGGGCCUUAAGUCACACGAUUGCCACAUUUUGAUGCAACAAUUACUACCGGUGGCUAUAAAAGGAUUGAUGCCAUUGGGUCCAAGAGAUGCUAUAAUAAGAUUAUGCACGUUCUUUAAUCGAAUAUGUCAACGUGUUCUUGAUAGAGAAAGCAUAAUGACAUUAGAAAAUGAUGUUAUUGAAACUUUAUGCUUACUAGAGAGAUUCUUUCCACCAUCAUUUUUUGAUGUCAUGAUUCACUUAGUGGUUCAUAUCGGACGAGAAGCACGACUAUUUUAUGUGAACAUUCUAUUAAUGAUGAGAAAUUGUGUGAUUAAUAGACGCAUGAAGAUAUUGAAAGAUUAUGUCAGAAAUCGAGCAAGGCUAGAAGGUUGUAUUGCAGAGUGUUAUCUUGCAGAUGAGUGUGUGAGCUUUUGUAAUGAAUUCACAGACCAUUCAAUUGAACUAAACACAAAAGAAGGUCGAAAUGAAGAGUGGUCAAAUGAUGUGAUACUUGAAGGUCGUCCAAUUUCUAGGAGGAAAGAAAUUAUAUUGACAGAUGAGUUGUUAGAAAUUGCACAUCGAUACAUUCUGUUAAAUACAUAUGUUGUGGAGCCUUUUCUAGAGUAA